AGCAGAAUUAAAAGACUGACGACACUUUUUAUCUUCUUAUCCAUCGUCCCUUUACAAUGACGCAAAAGCAUCAAUAUCAUUUCGACACUCUUCAGCUCCAUGCCGGGCAGCACCCUGACCCGACCACCAAGGCUCGGGCCGUGCCUAUCUAUGCAAGCACUUCCUUUGUUUUCGACAACACAGACCACGGUGCCGACCUUUUUGCCCUGCGUGCCGAUGGAAACAUCUAUUCAAGAAUCGGCAACCCCACUACAGAUGUGCUUGAACAACGCAUUGCUGCCCUUGAAAAUGGCGCGGCGGCUGUCGUUGUGUCAUCAGGUCAAGCGGCCCAGUUUCUUGCUAUUGCCACGUUGGCCAAGGCGGGCGACAAUAUUGUUGCGAGCUCGAGUUUGUAUGGUGGCACCUACAACCAAUUUAAAGUUUUGUUCCCACGAUUGGGGAUUCAGGUGCGCUUUGUAAACAGCGAUGAUCCUGAAAACUUCCGAAACGCCAUUGACAACAACACCAAAGCCGUUUACGCCGAAAGUAUUGGCAAUCCCAAAUUCAACGUCCCCGAGUUUGAAACUAUUGCCAAGAUUGCUCACGAUGCUGGUGUUCCCUUUAUCGUUGACAAUACAUUUGGCGCCGGAGGAUACCUCGUUCGACCAAUCGAUCAUGGAGCCGAUAUCGUUGUUCACUCGGCCACAAAAUGGAUUGGAGGGCACGGCACCACCAUUGGCGGUGUAGUGAUUGAUGGUGGCAAGUUCAACUGGAAUAACGGCAAGUUCCCAGAGUUUACUGAACCUUCCGAGGGAUACCAUGGAUUAAAGUUUCAUGAAACCUUUGGCAACCUGGCUUUCGCUGCCCGUUUGAGAACCGAAUCGAUGCGUGACAUUGGCGCUUGUCAAAAUCCAUUUGGCUCCUUCCUCUUAUUGCAAGGGCUGGAAACUUUGUCUUUAAGAGUGCAACGCCAUGUGGAAAAUGCAUUGGCGCUGGCCCGCUGGUUGGAAAACAGAGAUGAUGUGAACUGGGUUUAUUAUCCUGGGUUGGAAAGUCAUCCUUACCAUGAGACUGCCAAGAAAUAUCUGAAGAAUGGUUUUGGCGGUGUUUUGACUUUUGGUGUCCGAGGUUCCCUCAAGGCUUUUAUUGAAAAUGUCAAGCUGGCGUCGCAUUUGGCCAAUGUGGGUGACGCAAAAACGCUGGUGAUUGCUCCUGCGUUAACAACUCACCAACAAUUAACCGACGAGGAACAAAUCGCUGCCGGUGUAACCAAGGAUAUGAUCCGCGUUUCCGUAGGCAUCGAGUAAGUUCCUCUAUUGUCUUUGAUGGCACAAUUCUAGAACACCAUUUUCCUCAUUUUCCAUUCAUUUAUUUAGGCACAUUGAUGAUAUCAUCUGGGACUUUGAACAAGCGCUUAAGGUAGCGGAUGCUGCCAAGGAUGAAUGAACUCAGGGUCAUGAAUUCCCCAGCUGCUGUUUCUCCAAUAAUCUUUUCAAAUAUCGAUAGCAAUUGUCAACAGCUGGCCUAAUGAUAGUAAAAGAAAUUGUGUAUAAAUGAAUCUUUUGAGAAGGUUUCCAAGAAUCACCGUAUUAAAGAGGUCGUUCACAGAGUCUGAGCAUUGAGGUCGCACAAAAAGUGCGG